AUGGACUUUCGUAGGCAAGUUGCUGAACUUCGCGCAUCCAUUCGCGCUGAAAAAGUAAAGCGUGAUGUUACAGUGGCGGCUCUCAUUGCACAUGUGUGGAAGCCCCGGCGCGACGAGUUUAGAGACUUGCUUAGCGCGCAAACUCAAAGCUCACCCUGCGAUGAGCAAGCCUACCAUACAAAGUGGGCAAAGACCGCGAGCCAGAUCCGUAUGAAAGAUAAAUUUGUUUCCGACUUGGAGAGGCAAAUGAACGCUUUAGGGGAAGCAGGUGGAGGCGGUCGCUCUAGGUACGCGGAGAUGGGUGAGCUCUCAAGUAAGAUGGCGGCUGAGUACGCUGCCAAAAUGGUCCUUGAGAGUGAACGCGAGAGUUUGUAUACGGGCCUUGUCAAGUCCAGCACUCGCAUUCGAUCGCUUGUUAGGAACGCACUCCUGUGA